UUUGCACUGUUACGGAAGACCAGACUAUGCGGCAGAAUCGAAAAAGUUCAGCGCACUCGAUUCGUUUAAACCAUAACGACAAAAACGAAGCGUAAAUAUCUAGUGUGGAAACAGUGGAUCUCUGAAGCGAAAAUCAAGUGGCGGAGGCAGAGAUCGGUGCUGUGAUUAAAACAGAGGCGUUGAAGAAGAAGCAGCAGCAUGUCUCACGGUUCGGAUCCGAGACAGCCUUCAACAGCCAAGCCAUAUAAACCACCUUCCAUUGCGUCCCAGGAUCUCCCUCCUGACUAUUCAAGUUUUCUCGCCAUCAUGUUCGGAGUUGCAGGUGUCAUGCUUCGGUACAAGCUUGGAUCAUGGUUGGCAAUAAUUUGCUGUGCACAAUCACUAGCAAAUAUGAGAAAUGUGGAAAAUGACUUAAAGCAAAUUAUCAUGGCUAUGACGUUUGCUAUCAUGGGACUAGUCUCCAAUUACUUUGGACAUGCUCGACAAGCUCAAGUUCAAAGCUGACUUGGCACAAGGGAGUAUGUUAAUAUCUAGUUUACAUCCAGAAUAAUUGUUUCAUUGGGAUAUUUGUGAAUUUUGAUGGAUUGUUGAUUGGCAAUUUGAUGUGAAUGCUUAAAUGGGCCCAUAAUUAUAACCAUGUUGACAGUUAAUGGUACUCUGUUCGCUUAUAAAAUUUCCCAUUUAUUUA